CAAAACCAAAACAAACGACUCUCACUCCCCUUCUCCGUCUUCUCUUCCACAAUUUAUAUACAGCUACUUCAAGUACAAGUUCCUGCUCAGAAACCCAACCCUUCUUCCCAAAUCAUACUCUCUCUCUCUCUCUCUCUCUCUCGUCUCUCCUCACACCAAAUUCCUGUAUGAUAGAGCAGUAGUUUUUGAUAAUUGCGCCAACGACAUGGCUAGAGGUGGGUUGACGGCAAUUCAGCAUAAUGUCUUCGCUGCUCCUUCUCUACUUUCAACAAAUCUUCCGGCCGGCAAAACCCAAGCCCAGUUUCCUACGCUGGAGAGGAGAUUAGGCUUCAAUUACCAAAGGGUCAAUCUGGAUUCUCCGUCUUUCCUUGCCUCUGCUUCUGCCAGUGGCUCCGCUGCAGGCUAUUCCGAGCCGUUGUUCGGAGAGAAACCAAAGCAAAAGAAGAAGAGUAUAGCUGGCAUAGAUCAGGAUGAAUUAGUGGAUCCAGUACAUUUAGCUGAUCCAGACAGUUGUUUCUGUGAGUUCAAUGGGGUACAGAUACACCACAAGGUAUGUGCUGCAGAAUCACCAGCAGAGAUCAUGGUACAGGACCAGACUACUUCUCAAUUUGGUCUUCCUGUGAUUUUGUUGCAUGGCUUCGGAGCCUCUGUCUUCUCAUGGCAUCGAGUUAUGAAGCCUUUAGCACAGGUUACUGGGUCAAAAGUUCUUGCCUUCGAUAGACCUGCCUUUGGAUUGACAUCAAGAGUGAAUCCUUAUCAGCAUUCUCUUAAUAGUGAAGAUACAAAACCUUUAAAUCCAUAUUCCAUGAUAUUUUCUGUGCUAGCAACAUUGUUCUUCGUUGACCUCUUGGCAGCUGAAAAGGCAAUCCUUGUGGGGCAUUCGGCUGGUUCCCUUGUAGCAGUUAACACCUACUUUGAAGCACCUGAGCGCAUUGCUGCCCUGAUCCUUGUUGCCCCAGCAAUUGUAGCCCCACUAGUCACACGUAAAGUUGUUAGAGACAAUCAAAUUGAGGAAGACAGUUCAAAUUCAAAUACACACAGCAAUCCGUUUAUCAGGUUUUUCAACAUGUUGUCAAAGCUCUCCAAAUUUGUCAUUCAAGCUAUACUACAUUUGGUGAAAGGAAUGGGAGAAAUGCUCAACUCUUUGUAUAAGAAAGCUUUAUCAGCACUUCUACAGUCUGCUGUUUCUGUAAUGCUGAUAAGGAUGGUGAUAGAUAAAUUUGGUAUAGCUGCCAUUCGGAAUUCGUGGUAUGAUUCAAAUCAAAUUACUCAGCAUGUCUUACAUGGCUACACAAAGCCACUGAAGGCCAAGGGUUGGGACAAAGCUCUUGUAGAAUACACAGCUGCAAUGCUUACAGAUUCUUCAUCUGAAUCAAAGCCACCACUGGAAAGCAGACUAUCCGAAAUAUCAUGUCCAGUUCUAAUUGUUACCGGUGAUCGCGAUCGACUUGUCCCUGCUUGGAAUUCGGAGAGACUUUCACAAGCCAUACCUGGAUCUCAACUCGAAGUAAUAAAGAAUUGUGGGCACUUACCCCAGGAAGAGAAGGCAGAAGAAUUUGUUUCUGUUGUUGAGAAGUUUUUGCAUAGAGUUUUUGGUGGUUCUAUCUGACAUCUGAGGUUGGCGGGUUCUCUGUGCUCAUAGGUCGCUGUUAGAUCGAUGCAUGGGGAUAGAAUGUAAAUAUAUAGUAAGUAGUGCCCUUGCCAGGAAAGCAUUUAAUUUGCAUAUCACCAUGAUCUUCAUAUGCAAUUCCUGUAACCAGGCUUCCUAUUCA